AUGGAUAUCUCGAGUCUUUUAUUGACCGAGUCAGAAGAACAAUCGGUAAAUUUGACAUCGUCUUGGAAUUUUGAAACAACUCCAGAAAUCCCGCAAUUACCUGCCGAUAUUAUUUAUCAAAUCUUGCGAAACUUUCAAUAUUGUCGUUCAUCUCUUUGCAAAUUCCUUCAAAUAAACCAAACGUGGUGUCAUAUUUCAUUGAUUUUUCUAUGGAAUUGUCCUUUUAGUGUAUCUUUGAAAGCAAAAAAUUCCGUUCUUUUAAUUCGAACUUUGCUUUCUUUUCUUUCUGAACAGGAAAAAUCCGAACUAAAACUCAAUUUAACAUGUUAUGAAUCAAAUAUUUCUAAAAACUCAACAUAUAAUUAUCUGGACUAUAUUCGUGUUUUUGAUUUGAAACAUUUUAGAUUAUCAAUUUUACAUUGGAUAUCUUAUUUACGAAAUAAUAAUGAUGAUGAUUUCUUUUCUGAUUCAUUAAUUGUGGAAUUGAAUAAAAUUUAUAAAGAUAUACCUAUUAAUUAUUCUACCGUUAACUUAGCAAGUGAAAUAAUUUCUAAUAUGUUAUUCAGAAAAUGUGGUAAUAAUGGAUUACAACAUUUAGUUAUUGAAUAUGAUGAUAUAAUUACUUCAAAUUAUGUUAUUAGUAAAAAUAUAAUAUAUCUUAAUAAUGACUUACCAAAAUUAGUAAAUUUUGAUUUUCAUUAUAAAUUGGAAGGAAAUUUUGAUAAAAAUUUACUUAUUGAUAGGAUCGUAGAAAUGUUUGAAAUUAUGACGAAAUCUGUAAAGAAUUUAAGAUGGUUAGAAGCAAAUAUUGAACAUGAAGAACAUCGAUUACCAAAAAUUGGAAAAGCUUUAGUGGAAUUUAUAGAAGAACAAAACAAUUUAGAAGUAUUGGGAAUCAAUGAAUUUUGGAUGUAUGAAGAAUCUGAAAUUUAUAGAAGAAUUUGUAAAAGUCAACAAAAAAGUUUAAAACAUGUUAGAUUUUACGGAAUGUGUAAUUUUAAAGAAUUGAUAAAAGGAUUAAGUGAAUGCAAGAAUUUAAUUACAUUGGAAUUAUUAAGAAUAUCUAAAUAUGAUUCCAACAUUAUACCUAUGAAUGAUGAAUUGGAAAGUAAAGGAUUAAGUAUAAAGAAUUUUUAUACAUGUGAAGUUAUUUCUUUUGAUGCUCCUGAAAUAACAAAUUAUUUUAUUCAAAUAAUCAAUAUGUCAAAUAAGAAUUUAAAAACCCUAACCUUAACUCAUGUAACUCCUGAUAUCAUUAAAACACUUGUAAAAUUUUGUCCUAAUAUUACACAUUUAUCCAUAUACUUUACAUUUUAUUUUGAUUUAAUUCCUGAUUUACUUUCAGUUUUACUUACUUCUUUACCACUUGAACAAUUCUUAUUAAAAAUAGAUAACGAAAAUUCGGAAUCAACUAUUUAUACACAAGAUUAUUGGAACAAAAUUGCAAAAUCCAUUCCAGAUUCUGUAAUUCAUCUGGGAAUUGAUUUUAAAAUUGAAAAAAACAUGUUGGAUAUGUUUCUAAAAGAAUGUAAAGCUCAAUUAAAGAAAAUUUCAUUAUUUCAAAGAUAUAUGUUAAAUAGGCAUUAUUUACAAGUUGUAGUUCAAUAUGCAAAGAAAAACAAUAAUUUAUUGAAAGAAUUGGGAUUUUUAUGGGAUCCAAAAGAUUUUGGAUUUAUAUCACAUUCUAACCUAGAAGAUGCAAAAAAGUUUAUUAAAAUUAUUGGUAAAGUUGAACCUUUUAACAAGCCAUUUUACGAUAUAAAGUUGAACAUCCCACAUAAAAAGGAUCAUUUAUUGUCAUCAUUUUUGUCCUGUAAGAAGGGUUAA